CAUGGGACUGCCCCGAGCACAAAGCCCCUCCGUGCCGCCACCGGCUGCACGGGCGGCUGCAGAAGGGAGAGAAUGAGCCUGUGUGCUGCCUGCUCCUUUGUGUCCGUCUCUUGCUGCUGCUUGGCUUUUGCAGCCUCUAGCACCUGCCAGCUCUUCAGGAUUACCAUGUGCUUUUCUUUUUUCCAGGAAAACAGGGCUCCUCCAAUGUGUAUUGUGCAAUUUCGCAGGAUAGUAUCCCAGUCACAACUCUAAAAGCAGCAAAAGGAUGAGGUGCUCCCACCUCAAGCAAUGUUGUACAUAUGGAUAGCAUAUAGCGGGAUGGUUGCCAUGGCUGAACUAUGUCUGAAUGCAACAUGGAACUUUGUUGGGGGAAGGAGGGAACAGAUUUAUUCAAAUACAUCUGUAUCCCACAAGGAGAGCAUACGCAUUGCAUAGGUCUUUAUUAACAGCAUGGCUUAUGAGUGCAUCACCCUCUUUUUGCUGACUCCCUGCCUUCUGAACAGAAGAAACAGAGCUGGGAGAAAGUCCAGGAACCACCCCUGCCCUGAGGCAGAAUCAGCUACAAAGCACCGGCAGAUAGAGUCUUCGUUUGUUUGAAGACAGCUAACAUGUCUCCCUUGCUCUUCUCUUUCUAAACUAAGCAACCCAAUUCCUCCAAUCUUUCCUCAUAGGUCAAGUUUUUAGACUUCUGAUCCUUCUUCCUGUUCUCUUCUGGAGUUUCUCCAAGUGGUCUACAACUUCCCUGAAAAGCAGUGUCCAAAACUGGGCAUAGAACUUCAUAGGAGGCUUUACCAGCUUUAGAUGGAGGGAAGUAUUGCUGCAAACUGCUAUAGCUGCAAGAAUGUUUUCUCUAGAAGUGUGACUUAACCAACUGGUCACCAAGCUGUCUUUGGGUGUGUCUUCUCCUUAAGUGAGUUGGAUGUUUUCACCAGGCUCUCCUCUAUUGAUCAAAUUUAUUUUGAAUUCCAGUCCUAUGUGUCAGCGUGCUUUUGCUCCCAACUUGGUAUUAUCACACAUAUAGGCACACUCUUUACUCCAUCUUCCAGCUCACUAACACACGUGUGUGGGUGUGUGUGUGCGCAUGCACGUGGCACAGACUAGCUCAAGCGCUCUGCCUCGCUGCUUAGUCUAGAUCUAUAGGAGUCUGCUGGGGUUUGAGACGUGCAGGGCUGUGCAAUUGCAAAAUAUCAAAUGCCUCCGAAAGACAUCCAACAAAACAAUAUUACAUUGCUUGGUUUAUCAGUUUUGCUGACAUUUCAGUGUUUGUACUUCAGCGCUUGUAAGUGUUUAAUGUGGAAAAAAAUAAACCAGUAAAUAUGUAUUUAUAAUUGUAUAUAGCACCACAAGGAGGGCCAGAGAUCACACCAGUAUUGAGGCCACGAUGUUUGCCAUAUGAAUGAUUAAAACUUGGAGCAGAGCCUCCCACACUGUUCCAUGUAACAGCUGUAAAAAGUGAUGUAAAAUCCUGAUCUGGAGCUUCAAUUCUAAUUUCAACAUGUUCAGUGUCUUGCCCUGGUAUUUUGAAAUAAAACCUCUUAAACCAAAGCAAUUCACUUACUGUAUAUGUGCUUGUGUGUAUAUUCUAAGACAAACCUGAGCCUCUCACCAGCCUAAGAAAAGACUUUUCCAGUACAUUCGCCUGAAACAGGUGGUUUACAUUACUUUGCAGCGAAAUCUUCCUAGGUAACUUGGACAAGAGCAUGUUUGAACGAAAAAGGCAAAUGAAGAAUGAGUAAGAAGUCAGAUGGGGACAGAGAAAAUUUCAGAGAAGUGUGAUAAAUGAAGCAGUGUGACUCUUCUGAGUGUUUAUGGGCUCAGAUGUUUCGUUGUGGUGAGUUGAAGACAGGUGUGCCUUUUAGGUAGUGUGCCUCAAACCUUGAUGCAAGUUCAGCACCUUCAAGUGUGCAGUUCAGCCUGGUAAACUUCAUGACUACUAAAAUCUCAUUUUCCCUCAGCAGAAGGAUAAUGUGCAUCCCCCCAUCCACCCUGAAGAACAGCAGCACUGACUGCUCCCAUCCCCUUCCCCUGCCAUCGCUGCCAGCAGCACUUCAUAGACAUGAAUUCCUGCAGUUUGUAAACGUGCAGACUGCCAGAGCCCCUGUCUGCUGGGCUCACUGCUGUCCUGGAUGAUGUUUGUCUGCAAGCAGCUGCCCUGACAGAUGCUCCUUCUGCCCAAGCUGCCCACCCUGUGCACAGAGCUGGUCACAGGCGCUGGACGCGUUCAGACUACCAAGGGAUUCGGCACCCUUCAGUCAUGGGCUCCUGUGCUCUUCCAGCUGGCAGGCAGGCAGGCAGGUUGUUGCUCCUUGCUUUAAAAAUAUGGUGGCAUCUGACUCAUUUUCAAUACGUACUGUUCCAGAUUUCUUAGUCUUCGAGUAUGCCUGUGUCCCUUUGUGAUGGGUCAUAAUUCAGUGGCUUCUCGGCACUGCGCUGAGUCUCUCUGAUGUGUUUGGGUUCUGCAGCUCCACAGACUAUAUUCCCAUUUGCUGGGCUACAUGAUUGCAUGAGCAUCCAGCAGCUCUCCUCUAAAGACUGGACGUGUGCUUAGGAAACCAGUUAUUGGAGAGACUCCCAACAGACUGCAGCAGCAACGUGGGUGAUCAGCAGCAGAGGUAGCUGCCAGCUGAUGGGCAGGAUUUGCAAGACGACAUCUUAUUCUCUGUCGUCACUCCAAGCCUUGUGGGCAGCAGGCAAUGUGUCUUGGAACUCCCUUUGCUUGCAGCAUGUAGCAGGGCUAAUUUAAUUAAAAGUGAUCAAACGUGGGUUUGCUGGAAUUGUGUAGGAGAGGUGCUGGGUUGACUUAGCGCUGGGCGUGAUGGUAGAUGAUCAUGUAUCUGAGGUAGUACAGGUCCCCACCUCACUUUAUUUAGGCCAGGACUGUAUCAUCUCCUGGUGUAAUAGGUAUGUUACUGUGCAAGGCUAGUGUCAUUGCAGGUCUGGUCGGAAUGCUGAAGAAAAAUAAAAGCAGAGUAUUCUGUAUGCAGAGAAGGGCUGCUGGACUGCUCAGGUAAAUGGAGGAGGCCGGAAAGACGAAAAUCCAGAAAGGAUCAUUGUUUAUAAGUUGGUUAAGAGAAUAAAUUCCAGGAGGAUUGAGAGUUGCAGAAGUUUUGAGACAGAGGGAAUAGACUGGCAAUAAAUAAAUUAAAGCCAAAAAUGAGAAUGUUUCUGACCAUACAGAGGUGUGCUGAGAACAUAAAGGUGAUGGUGGGAACCGUCUCUGUCAGCAUGGCACUCGUGCAGUGGAAGAGUGAUGGCCUUGCAGAACAGCCUCUUGUGAUCCCUUCUGUAACAGGCUGAGCGUGAGCAUCUGAAGGAAAAAGCGAACAUCACCUUUAGGUGUUGUGCUAAGGCAGUUUACAACAGUAUUUGUAUUUAUUAGAGAUGAUGCGUCAUAGCGAGGUUAUCUGAACUGAGCAUGGCUUUGAACUAUGCACAGCAUCUCUCCUUUUCUGUUUGAUAAUUCUAAUUUCAGUCCUUAAGCCAGCCUUAGCCUAUCCUUAUUGCAUCUCUAAAAGCAGCUGGUUGCCUAAUUCCUUUUAACAUUUGUUGUGAAGUCCUUUGGUGAGAAGGGAGUUGGGAGGUGGGCAGCCUUGGCUGUGAGUGACAUCUCCUGGCCGUGCAGAGCUGCCUGUGACAGUGGGAUGGCGGCUGGAGGAGCAGCUUCCUAUUUGUCUUGAGGCUCUGGAAGACACUGGGGAUGAUCCUGCUUCCUUGCCUUCACACAGAGUUGCCUCCCAUGCUGGUGUGGUCCUUCCUUGGUUAUUCACCAAGAGCAACAGGGUUUCUGCAGCAAAACUGCUGUUAGCUGGAAUGGCUGCCAACUUCAUUCUCAGCUGAUAGCUAACUCGGAGACAAAAAGGAUAUUAGAUCUGUUUAUGUUCUGGGACCUGCACCACUCACUGGAUGGAACCAGUGGUAGCCCCUACAAUAAAACAGAGUCCAAAAUUAGAAACAGAGAUGCCUGAGCAGCUGGGCUGUGCUCAAACAUCUGGAGAGAGCUUAAUACCUCCACAGCUGGGCAGGGCUCCAGCACCAGGUGGCUCUGAGCUUUGGGGUGGAGAAGAAGAGAAGCAGUGUCAUUUCUGUGCCUACUUAUGGCCUUAUGUGAUGUUUUUAUCACCACUUACGGUGGGCACUAUGGAAGAAGGAGCAGAGAUCUGUCUCUGUUUGGGUUCUGGCUGGGCACAGAGACAGAAGAUCAUGCCUGCUUGGUCUUCAGCUGAGGAUAACUGCUAGUGGAAGAAAAGUCCUGGGGCCUGGCAAUCAGAGGUGCUACAGGGUUAAGUACUGCUCUGCUUGGAGGAGACUGAGGAGUGUUUGCACGGCAUUGAGAGUCGUGGGGUGCAAAGGAGCUGGAGGAGUCUAGGGAAUAAGUUAAUUCUUCAGCUACUGCAGAACCUGCAAUUAUGCCUAGAGCUGAUGGAGGUAAUCAAGUGUGCAGAAAAGGGAACUUGUUCAAAUACCUCACCUUUCUGGGCAAAUGGCAGACAUGCUCAGUGCUAUCAUAACCUGAGCCAACUACUCUCUCCAAUAAGAAGAAAAGUCUCCCAGCUGUCAUGCUCUGUUGUUUCUAAUCACUUCAAGCCAUCAGUUCUGGGGCCUUUUCAAGUAAAGCUGUAUAAAAUGCAUUCUUACCUCCUACUGUCUGGAUGGCUUUGGAGCAUUGAACCAGUAUCACCUGAGGGUUGAAGAAUGACCUCUGGAACUCCGGUUCUGGCAUGCAGAUGCAGAGCAGGUUUGGUCACCUUACCUUCUUGGAGCGUGAAGAUAGUUGAUGUGGUUGCCUGCACAGAGUCACAGGUACCAAACCAAAGAUGUCCUGGACAAGAAAGAUUCUACUCAUCCUGGGAUUCCUCUCUACUUUGGCUGUAAUUGCUUUAAUUGCUGUAGCAGUGACCCAAAACAAGCCACUUCCGAAGAAUAUUAAGUAUGGGAUCGUGCUGGAUGCGGGGUCAUCCCACACUAACCUGUAUGUGUACGAGUGGCCAGCAGAGAAGGAGAACGACACUGGAGUGGUGCAGCAGGUGGAGGUGUGUAAAGUCGAAGGCCCCGGGAUCUCAGGUUACUCCCAUGCCACGGAGGAGGCAGGUCCCUCUCUGGCACAGUGCCUACGACAAGCAGAAGAGGUGAUUCCCUCAAAGCAGCACCAAGAGACACCCGUCUACCUCGGAGCAACUGCUGGCAUGCGGCUUCUCAGCUUGGAGAAUAAAAGUGCAGCUGACAAAGUCUUGUCCUCAGUAGAGAAGACACUACGCUCAGCUCCCUUCAACUUCCAGGGUGCCAGAAUCAUCAGUGGUCAGGAAGAAGGAGCCUAUGGAUGGAUCACCAUUAACUACCUGCUGGGCAAUUUCAAGCAGUCUGGCUGGACAAAACUUCUACAUUCCCUGAGAUCCAUAAGUGAGACAUCAGGAGCACUAGACCUCGGAGGAGCCUCAACACAGAUUACCUUUGUACCAAAUGAAUUCUCUUCUGAGUCCCCAGAGAACCUGCUCUACUUCCGUCUCUAUGGCAAGGAUUACCUAGUGUACACGCACAGCUUUCUCUGCUAUGGGAAGGACCAGGCUCUGCAACAGAAACUGGCCAGGGACCUACAGACCGUGGAGAACAGCAGCCUCUUUGAUCCGUGCUUUCACCAGGGGUAUCAGAGGACUAUAAAUAUAAGUGAUCUCUUCAAAAACCCUUGUACAUCAGCCAAGGAAAAGCAAUUCCCUUUCAGCCAGCUGUACAUACAGGGAGAGGGGGAUUAUCAAAAGUGCCGAAGAAAUAUCCUGAAACUCUUUAACAAAACCAAUUGUCCUUACUCCAGUUGCUCCUUCAAUGGGAUAUACCUACCUCCAUUACAAGGGGAUUUUGGGGCUUUUUCUGCUUUCUACUUUGUGAUGAACUUUUUGAACCUGACCGGUGAAAAAAGCCCCGUUGCCCUGGACAAAGUUGCCAGCACCAUUGAGAGCUUCUGUGCCCGGCCUUGGCAUGAGGUGAAGACAGCAUAUCACCAAAUAAAAGAAAAGUACCUGAGUGAAUAUUGCUUCUCAGGAGCCUACAUCCUCUCCCUCCUGGAAAAUGGCUACGAAUUCACUGAAAAGAACUGGCAAAGGAUCCACUUCCUCGGAAAGAUUGGCAGCAGUGAUGCGGGCUGGACCCUGGGCUACAUGCUGAACCUGACCAACAUGAUCCCUGCGGAGGAGCCUGCUGUGCCCCCUCUUUCCCAUGGCAGCUAUGUGGGGCUGAUGGUGCUGUGCUCCCUCGUGCUGGUGUCCAUGAUCCUGUUUGCCUGGCUUCUCUUCCACAAGCCCAAGUGCCUGCAGAAGGGGAUUGUUUAGGAAGAGCCUUGGGGGACAGGGGCCAUGUCACCCUGGCUGCUCAGGGCUAGGAGACCCUGGCAGAGCAGGCUGUACUGAAGAGCCCCUCUCGCCUCUCACUGAAGUUACUGACUGCACAACAAGGGCAUUUAUUUCUUCUGACUCACACUUGCACUGACAGAUGUUGGGACAUCAGGCUCGCCACCUCUCUCUGCCAAGGACAGACAAGCAGGUGUCCCCUCCUUGAAUGGGUCGUACUUUCAUUCAAUGAAACUUUGCUGCUUGUUGGUUUUUGCCUUGUGCACAGCAUUAUAAAGAGAAAAGUGGCAGCAAUCUUUGGGAGCUGGUGCUCCUGCAAGGGUAAUCUCAGGGUCACACAUCCCACUGAGCUCUUGGGGGUGGUCACACACAGGGUGAUCCUGCUCCUCCUCCACUGAAGCUGUUCCCGACAGCCCUUCCCGCACCAGCACACCUCCGCUCGCCUCCCCGCACCCUGAGCCCUUGCAGCCCUGCAUCUGGGUACGGCCAUCUGCACCCAGCUGGCUCCCAAAGGCUGGCCAGGCUCCCAAAUGCCACUCUGGGAAACGAAGGGAUGAGGAUGAAGAAACUGAGUGUGCUGGUGGUCAUCUGCCCUUAGCUGGGCUCUGGUGGCUGUCUGCUCCUUUUGCAGGUGGCAAGAAGCCUCUUUCCCACGUCUUCCUGAUGUUGUUGCUGGACCAAAGCUGGCUCACUGUUAACACUGAGCCAUUCCCAUGUCCCUAGGGUACACCAAGACACGAGUUCCCAGCCAGGCAUCACUGAUUUUUGUAGGAACAGUUUAUACUGGCCAAGGAUCCUUGACCAGUAUUGAGUGCUUCUGCCUACAGGGACUCUGCUGUGAUCAGCGUGCCUACAGGUAUACACCCACUAAAGCAAUCCAGUGUCACUGUGCUGAUCAUACAGCAGCUUCUGAUCUAGGGAAAAUGUUUAAAUGUUUAUUAGGUCAUGUUCCUUUAUAAAUAGACAGCUGGCAGCAGUUAACCAGCAUGAGCAUGCACAGAUUGAACCACUCUUUCCACCAGCAAAAUAAGUGAAAAUUUGCCUUUCCUUCCCUCAUGGCUUAGGCUUAUCCCAUGACCGUAAGACCCAGGGCUUGUGAGCACACACACUGCAGCCCAUCUUCUAGCACACAGCUAGGAUGAUGCCACUAAUCAAGUUUAUGAAUCACUUUCUUCUGUUUUCCAUGCCUUGGUCCAAAAAAAGAAAGAGAGGUAAGUCAGAAAUCCAUUUUUAUAAAAACACUUGGAAACCACUGGUGCCUGUCUACCUCCCAUGAAAUCUCAGAAAUCUCUUCUAAUGACCUGUAAGUGCUGGAGGCCAAAAGAAAGCAGAUAUUGUGGAGAGAAAGGCCUGGCAAACACACACUUCACCUGUUUCCCCGAGCAAAGCUGUAGGUGUGGAGGGGAUCAGGUUGUGCAACCCCAAUAAAGCCUUCUCUUUUAGGCAAGCACAGACACAGAGCUUGGGGUUUUCAUGCUCUUCCAGCCUGCCCAACUGCAUAGUGCAGGCUGGAAAAUAUCCCCCAGUUAUUUCUACUUCAUGAUUGGAAGUAGGAGCUGUAACAUAUUGAAGGACCUAAAGGUAAGGGAAAAAUCUACCCUGUCUUGUGGUAAGAUCUGUGGGCAGUUCAUUGUUCUUCCAAAAAUCUGUGUCUUAUUUUUGCUCUGAAUUAGCUGGCUUCAGCUUCUGCUGGAUCUUGUUCUGCCCGUUUCAGAAAGACUGAGUAACUCUCUGCUAUCAAAAUCCCUUUUUUCUUGUUGGUGCUUGCAAGUCGUUGUUGUAUCAUUAAAUAGAUUGAUCUUCAAUCUGUAAAGUGCUCUGUGCUGACCUCACUGGUAGCUCUUGACUCCACUUCCUUGAAAAUUUUUACAUCUUUCUGAAAUUUGGACACCAAAGUUUUCAGCAGCAAGUGGUAGAGUCAUUAAUAGUGUAUGUAAAAGUAAAACUCUCUGGUUUUGAUCUAUAUUCUGUGUUCCCCAUUCAUAUAUCUCAGGGCCAGGUCUGCUGACUUAAGAGAGUUUUGGGGCUGUUUUGUCCAGUUGGACUAUUGCCACUUGGCCUUUUUUUCCAGUCAUUGCAGUCCAGAACAGCUGCUGUCACACCGUACAUCACUGUCUCUUAACAUGAGCCGCUUUGCCUUCCAUGUGGCUCCACUGAAACAUGUACUAUUCAAAGAAUAUUCCCGCAAGCAAGUGAUCCAGAUCAACCCACAAUGACACUUCCCUGCACUGUUUGUCCAUUGUCCAGUUUUUGUUUUAUCUGCAAAUACAUUGAAAUGUUGGAAUUCAUCUAGAGAUGGAGUCUUCCUUCUGUUGUUUUCAGCAAAGAUAAGUAGGUAGAUGAGAGACUAACUAGUUUUUGGUCACAGCUGGAAGGCAUGCAGGAGGAGCGUGUGAUCAGAGCUCCUUCAGCUCCCCAGCCAGCCCUGCUUGCAACACACCCCGUCCUGUGCCACCUUCCUUGCAUACGGAGUCUUUGUAGCAGAGCAGGUACCAUGGAGAAGCCUCUCACGUGAGCUGGUGCAUCCUUCCUCCACAUGAACAGUGUGGAAAUCUGCAGAAUGGUAGUUCUUCUCCUGAGAUCUCCUCAGGGAUCUGGCAGCUGCUUAGUUGUGUCUGCUGGAACUGGCAGAUCCGUUGGGACAUUUCAGAACUAGAUGCAGAAACUCCACGUGGAAGCUGGUGUGGAGAGAAAGCCUGUGCCAGUCUGCUCUUCUGGUCCCUGCUACGGGUUUAUGCCAAAGAAAAAGGUCAAAUACAGAACCUGGGAGAAGAGCUUUAGCAAUGUUUUGUAUCUUUAUUGCAAGUCCCAUAGUAUUAAUAGUGUUAGCGCUGGAUUCUGGAAUCUGGAUCAGCUGGUAUCUUUGCUUACUCCUGUGAUGGUGUGGUCCAAACCACUAAUUUCGCGACAACACCCUCCUGCCUUCCUUCUCUUGUUUUUUUGGUUUGGGCUUUGGGUUUUUUAACGCUGUAAAUGUGACUUGAGUGCAACCUAAAGGCCACAAACUAAGAUAAAUACAAAAUAUGUUACAUUCUUUUUAAACCUUAUGAGUUUUAGACCACGUUUAUGAGUCAGUCUCUCCAGAACUAGAAUUUCUAAGGUGACGCCAGGCAUGCCAUUUAAAAAAAUCACUUGAACAGGCUGAGGCUCCAGGCGUUGGUUGACUGAAGGCAUCCUGUCAGGGUGAGACCCUUGCAUAUAUCACUGGCUGCACUUGAACCUUCCCAGGGAAGCAUAUGAGUUUUUCUCCCCAUUUCUCCUGCUAUUGCAGGACUUUAUCCAUGGAUGCUACUCAAAAUCCUUGGUCAAAGAGUUGAAGUUUAAUGAGCAUUCAUUUCUUUGCUUCUGUGCUAUAUCUGACCCAGCUGUAUUCAGCUCAAAUGUGUGCUCCAGAGCCACCCAAUGUGUACCUGAAGACCAUUAACGAUAGUGGGAGGAAUUUCCAAAUAUGCCAGUAAUAAUAUGGUAUCACUUUUCUUGUUAAUGCAGUUGAUCUGCCUCACUGAUAAUUAUCUGUGCCUUAUUUCUAAUUUGAUAGCUUCUGGCUUUAAUUUCCAGCCACUGGCUCCUGUACAGUUUUGCUCUUCUGGGUUAAAACAUCUUUUAACACCACAUGUUCUCGUCUUGCAAAUAUUUAUUCACUGAUCAGCUCUGCUGAGCUGCCGAGACUCCAGACCUUCGUCUCUCCCGUUUUGCCACAGGAAGCCCUGAAAUGUGCUGCAGCAAGGUGGGAUGAGUGUCUCUGAUUUGGAUUCAAAUGUUGAGUAGUCCAUUUUUGGGAAGGUUCCUUGCCAGGGGGAUUUGAUAGCUUUGCAGGCUGCAGGAGCAGUCUGGUCUCUCUGAGACUGAUGACUUCCAUGACCUCUCUCGUGUUCACUGAAGUGUCAGGUCUGACGCAAAACUCUCAGUGAGGCUGAGGUUUUGGGGGGUCAGAAGAGAAAGCCUGGGUGCCUGCAGCACGCUCACCUCUUGCAGAAAACAACCAGUCCCCACCACAGGCUCUAAGUACCCUUCGCUCUCCUCCCUGACACAGCCAGCUUCUCCUCUGUGCAUGGGCUACAGCUGAUUUCUCUGGCUCUACAGCAAAGCAGAGCAGAGCCUCCGUUUGGAACAAAGCUCUCGGAAGUGGGGCCAUCACCUCUGCGGUGAGAGGCUGAUUUGCAAUGUCGGUGCUGGCCGGGGCUCCCCAGCUUCUCCGAGAGCAGCUCUCAGCUGGAUGCAUGCCCCCUCCUCGUCCGUCCCUUCUUCCCGUGCUCUGUGCCAGGGAGGACAUG